AUGGCGGUGCUGCUGUCUGCCGCCUGGGCCCUGCUGGCCCUUGCGUUUCUUGCAGCGCUGCUGCUGGUUCGGCGGGCCUCGCCGCGGCGGCCCGGGGGCGGCCUUGGCCUUUCUGAGCUUUUCCAGGAUCUGCUCCGCUACGGGAAGACGAAGGGCUGGUGCGGGCAGGCACCGGGCUGGCUGCGCCUCCUCCAGGUGCCCAAGAGGUGGUUUACUCACUUUUAUGUGGUUUCUGUGCUCUGGAAUGGCUUUCUGCUGAUCCAGCUUUUCCGAGCUGAGUUCCUUGGAGUGUCUCUGCCAUCACAGAUUCAGCAAGUGCAAUAUGCUGUUGGCAGAGAUUCUCAAAGUGAGGACACAGAUAGUGAACACUUCUCUGUGCUCCUGGUUCUCCUGCUGCUUUGGCUGCAUAGUUGUCGAAGACUUGCAGAAUGCCUCUGGACCAGCGUGUUUUCCAGCGGUGUCAUCCAUAUCGUGCAGUAUUGCUUUGGACUUGGUUACUACCUUGCUCUUGGCUCAACUGUGCUAUGUCAAGUGCCUACUAGUGUUAGGAAUGGAAAAGGUCUUUCUGUGCAGAUCUGCUGGUAUCACAUUGUAGGAGUAAUGAUAUACAUUUGGGCCUCCCUUCACCAACACAGAUGUCUCGUGAUUCUUGCUAAUCUUAGAAAAAGUAAAUCAGGAAAGGUCAUAAGCCUGAACCACAGUGUACCUUUUGGAGACUGGUUUGAGAGAGUUUCUUGCCCUCAUUAUUUUGCAGAGCUCCUCAUUUAUAUAUCCAUGGCCAUCACGCUUGGAUUCCACAAUGUGACGUGGUGGUGUGUAGUGAUGUAUGUUCUUUUCAACCAGGCACUGGCUGCUGUUUUGUGUCACGAGUUCUAUCAGAAAAACUUCAGCUCCUACCCAAAGCAUCGAAAAGCAUUUAUACCAUAUGUUUUUUAGAAUAUUUAUUUCUUCUAAAUUAUCUUUAGUCCGAACAGGGAAAUGUUUUAAAUAAGGGAAUAAAAGUAUUAUGAUUUAUAUAUAUAUUUUUGUGGUUUAAAGCCAAGGUAAAAUUGCACGUUUUCUCUAAUUCUAGUUUAAGAGCUCAGAAUUUUAACAAUAAUCUCAUUCCUGUUACCAAUUUGUGUGGGGAAAUACAAGGUCUGUGCAUAUUGUACAAGCUAAAAAAAAAGGUUUACUGAAGAGAUGCUAAAUGGCUCUCUUUUGUUUUGUGGUUUUAUUCUAUGCACAAAACUCCUGCUAUUGUGCAGCAAGCCAAAAUACAUAGAUGUGAAAGCUGUGUAGUGGAAGGAUGGUGUGAGGAAUCAUUUGAACUACUGUAUUUCAUGCCAUGUCUGCUAUUAAUAUUUAAGCAUGUUUUCCUAGUUUCUUUUCUUUGAAUGACUUCAGAGGGAGGCAAAUUGUGUAUUGUCUUUAUCUGCCUCCCUGUUGAUAGAGAGAGCUGGUAGAGAAAGCAGCAGUAGAGGAAUGACUCAUGCUCAGCAGCAGAGAUAAACAGACCCAUUCUCUACAGUAUCUUUUCUACACCAAAGUCAGCAUUAAUUCAUUGAUUAAAAUUUGUUUAUCCCUAAAAUGGGGAAGUAUAGAAGGUUCUCUGUCUAGAGAGACAGUGGAAGAGAACUUGCAGAAAAUUAUUUUGUUGGUUAUGGUUCUGUCAUCCUUAUUGUGGGUAGCUGGAAUCCCUCGUGUUAGAGGGGACAGUUACCCAGGAUGACUGCUGACCACGACUAUACUGGCUUUUAAAUAGCAUGUGAGAGCAGAUGUAAUGAGCUGCUGAAGCACAGAACACACAGAAACCUUUACCUGACAAGUGUUGCAAAGAAGUUCUUUGCUGAGGAGAUGAUGUUGUUCAGCAAAAGGAUUUUUUUGCACUUAACCAGUGAAUAAUUUGGAGUGAAUGAGCGGUUCAUCUGAUGUAGUACAUGCCUGGUGCUGGUGUUUCAGCUGGUUUUCUACUUACGUGCAUAUAUUAUUUUGUAUAUGAGAACUUUUCUAUUCUGAAGUAUAUGAUGAAUUCUCUG